GCAACCAGUCGAUAUUUCUGUUUUUACAGAAAACGGGACGUGGAAGGAAAAAUGGACCUAAAUUUGUUGAUCUUACUUCAGUUCCUGGUUUUAGGAGCCAUCUUAUUAGUGGUUUUGGGUGUGACAUUCAUUUUUGUGACAACAAUCAGAGAGCCAGAUAUGCAACGAUAUGAAAGCGAGAAAUACUUCACUGAUCCGUCAACAAAAGAGAAACUUCCUUUCCCAAGUCUAGCAGAUGAGGCCUCGUUGGAUCUGUCUGUUAUUGUGCCAUCCUAUAAUGAGGAAUUGAGGUUACCUGUGAUGUUAGAUGAAGCAAUAGAGUUUUUGGAAUCCAGACAGAAGCAGAACAAGUCGCUUACCUAUGAAAUUAUUGUUGUUGAUGAUGGAAGUAAAGAUGCCACUACCAAGGUUGCAUUAGAGUACUCUAUGAAGCACAGUACAGAGCGGAUACGAGUUUUAACAUUAGCCAAGAAUCGAGGCAAGGGUGGUGCAGUGCGACUGGGCAUGCUCAGUGCGAGAGGAUCCAAGUGUCUCUUUGCUGAUGCAGAUGGAGCCUCAAAAUUUGCCGACCUUCAAAAGUUGGAGAAAAGUCUACUUGGAAUUGAACCUAAAAAGGAUAACAUGGCUGUGGUUUGUGGAUCUAGAGCUCAUAUGCAAGACGAUUCAGUCGCACAGCGUUCAGUCUUCAGAACGAUUCUAAUGUAUGGCUUCCAUUUUGUUGUAUGGUUCUUAUGUGUACGAGGUGUGAAAGAUACACAGUGUGGUUUCAAAUUGAUGACUCGAGAAACUGCAUUGAGAUUGUUCACCAAUCUUCAUGUCAAUAGAUGGGCCUUCGAUGUAGAGUUGCUGUAUGUAGCUCAGGCUUUGAAGAUCCCUAUAGCAGAAGUAGCAAUCAACUGGCAAGAAAUAGAUGGAUCCAAGAUGGUUCCAGUACUAAGUUGGAUUCAGAUGGGUAAAGAUAUCAUUUUGAUUCGUCUAAGAUACAUCCUUGGCAUCUGGCACAUCAAUGAUAAAGUCAAGCUCCAAUGAGCAACAUAGACUGGUACCAGCAUCUACUUAUGGAUACUCUAUGCCAGCUUGUUCCGCAUCAUGGUCUGAUUUCAUAGAGCUGCUUAACAGCUGAUUUAGUGCUUACGGUGCGAUUUCAAUUUCAUAUAGCGCCGAUAACCUAAGCACAUAAAAAGGCAUGCUAACCAUCCGGUGCUUACUGUAUUAAAAAUAAAUGACAUAACAAUAUAAAUCAACGGUGAAUGCGCAAAAUGGUCGCCUAACUUUCUUGCCAAGCAUGAAAGAAAAUUUGCUUACCGAAAGCAGCGCUAUGAAAUUGGGCCCAGGUUUUAAUUGUGCUCCUGCCAUUCCACUUAAGUAAUUUUAUAAACCUGGUUUUAUUUGGUCAUUCAAAAUGAUUUUCUUUUCACAAUCAGUUUGAAAUUUCAUGUUAUUUAGUGCCUCACAUGGGGGAACAUUUAUAGAUGGGACGAACAUUAUGCAAAAUUGUCUACAUUACCUCAAAGUACUGCAUCUUUUGCCUGUUACCUGUGAGGGAAACUUAUUGACUUGUAAGACAAUUUCCUGUAUACUUUAAAAGAUAAACUUACUCAUCUAAGACAAGCUAGUGUAUCACAGACAUGAACUUGUACCCAACUUGUUACUAGUUUCUGGUUCAACAAUACAGCAACUUGUCAAUACCUUACAUUGCACCGGUACCCAACUUGUUACUGGUUCCUGAUUCAACAGUGUUGAUACAAACUUGUCAAUACCUUACAUUGCACCAGUACCCAACUGGUUACUGGUUCCUGGUUCAACAGUGUUGAAUUUUGUUAAUAUCUUUUCGUGCACCAGUACCCAACUGGUUACUGGUUCCUGGUUCAACAUUGUUUAAUUUUGUUAAUAUCUUUUCGUGCAGUCAAGACCUUACAUUGCACCAGUACCCAACUUGUUACUGGUUCCUGGUUCAACAUUGAUGGAACAAACCUGUCAGUACAAUACAUUGCACCAGUACCCACUAGUUACUGGUUCAACAAUGUUAACGCCCGUCAUUAAACCAGAGUGCAUUCUUGUUACUAGUUCCUACAGUGUGGACUACUAUAGAAGCCGACCUGAUAUGAGAUCAUGAACAUUGCUUUUUCUACUCUUUUUUUUUCUACUACUUUUUACACCAAACACAAAUAGUGUACUAAUUCAUUGUAAUAUCAGAGCUUUUCAUUUAAAAACUUUGUUCCUUUAAAAAAAAAAACCAAGUGACCUAUUUGAGUAAAACUGAAGUAUGAAAACAAAACGUAACUUUGAAUUAAUUAUAUAAUCUAGUAUUAUGUUAACUCAAGCUAUAAAUGUAAAUGAAAUAAAUAAUUUGCAUUUGCUUUGUUAUUGAAAUGUGUUGUGCUUGACAUGAGCGUCAUGUUAAAUAGAAACUUUAAAUAACAAGUAUAUUUUGAAAUAAAAAUCAUAUAAUAUAUGUUGAAGUUAUCUUUGAGUUUCAAUCAAGUGUUCUUGUUGUUUGCAGAAAGUAAAAUUUUAGUCUUAAUUGGGGACGUUAACAUUUACCGAAUUACUGGAGAAGAAGUAUACAUACCAAACAAACAUCUGGAUCAUAUUGAACCUUUGAACCAGAUUUGUAGACAUGCCCCCAGUCAUUCCGUUGCUGCGCUCUAUUCAAGCGACUAAUACAAAAACUAGAGUCGCCAAUUGAGAUUAGUCAAAUUGAUGCAAGGAGAUCCAAACAGAAAGACAUUGUAAUAAUCAACAAAUCAACCAUAAAGAUGAAAUAGUUUGACAAGGGCCAAAUUUCAUAGAGCUGCGUAAGCCGAAAACAAGGCUUAACAAUUGUUUGCUUAGCAGAAAUUAGCAGUAUACCAGUCACAAAUUGUAUUGUGACCGAUAGUUUGGCUCGUA